UCAUUCUCAGUUUGGGAAUUUCCAAGAGGGAAAUGUCAUUAACAGUGCAUCCGUCAGUCCCAGAGUGAAGCACAGGGAACAGACAAGGGUUUAGUGGUUAGGGCCCUGGUUCCGGGGGGGAUGCGUUCAAGAGCCCCUUUUGCUGCUCUGGACCUGGUAGGGGUCUUGGUCGGACUGUGGUUUGAUUAAUUCAUAACAAAAGUAAACAUUUCAGUUAGGUAACAUUUACAAGGGUAUGUUCUGAUGAGAGGGAUCGUUACCUUGAAAAUACUUUUUCUUUGAAACAGACACAGUUUAAAACCUGAAAUCAUUCAUGUAAGGUGUCCAGAGCUGAUGUUUCCGGAAACAUUAGGUAGUUAGCUAACCGUUUUUAAAAGAGCUUGGUCUAUUCAUCAGAUCCUACUUUAACCUGGUUUCCCUCUAACCAUUUCAUCCUGGGUGGGACUAAGUUAAAUGCAGACAAAUAUUUUGGUGUUUGGCUUGACUGCUCAGUCUCAUUCAAUACCCCUAUCUCCCUCGCACAGUCUAAAGUCCUCUCGUUUGGUCGAAACGUCUCAGUUUGCUGACGCCUAGGACUGGAACUGGCAGCAAGACAUACAUCUCGACAAUUUUUAGUCUAACUUCGGCAUUCCAAUCGUUAUUGCUCGUAUCGUCUCCGGUACAGUAGGUGGCGUCACGGAUGUGAACGUUUGUUAGUAUUGCCCGCUGUUACACCGCAGAAUAAGAAGACAACGAGGUGGAACUAGGUGAAAGCGGGCGGAAGAAUAAUUUUUACUUUUUCGUGCAUGCGAUUAGCAUCUCAUCAAGUUAAACGUGACUUCUAAAUUGGCAAUGGCAGCCAAAAAUUGUGAUUCAGAUUCGUUCUCAAAAGGUUGUUUUGUUUGCAGUUUAUGUCUUUAAACCUCAACCCAUUCCACCAUGUCUGGUGUAGGAGAGUAAUAACAUGGGUAGCAGCAACAAUAGGAUCGUGUGAGACGGGCUUUAUAUUUUCUUUAACUUGGAAUCUAAUCUAACCACUUGAUACCAGCCAAAGUAUACACCAUUGUAGUGAAUAGAAUAGUACAGAAGGCUCAGCUGAUGUAUAGCCUGCACAUCUUGGGAUGUAAAACUCAGACACAUCCGAGAAAAUGGCGGAAUCUGAGAAGGAUGCACGACUGUCCCAAUAAUGUAGGAGUCCAGAUGAAGAGGAUCGUAUGUAAGAGUCUAAUAUAGCGGAUUCGCGAUAUUCCGACGGACUACCUUUGUAAUAUGUAUCGGGUACAGCGAACAAUAUCGGCUGGAGUCGCGCUUAUAACUGCGCACUAAUAAAUUUUUCUGUGAACGCGUCGUCACGAGUUAAACAUUCAAAGAGACAAUUGAAUCGAAAACAAAAUACAUUUCACGGUUAUUAAUUCAAACAAGAUGGAAGACGACACAGAUUUUGAGGAAAAGCUAAUUGAACAGGUCAGAAGGUAUACACAUUUGUACGUCCCGUAUUUGACAGAUUAUAAAGACUUCACCAUGACCAACAACAGCUGGAAGGAGAUUGCCCAAACUUUGGGAGUCGAGGAACACAUCUGCCGGACGAAAUGGAAAAGUUUAAGAGACCGAUAUGUCAGACUGAGGAGGAAAAUGAAAGGGAAGAGUGCGCAUUCAGCAUCAGGAACAAAACCACAAAUACUCACCACACUUUCGUGGCUCUCAGACUUUAUAAAACACAAGGAAACUGAAUCUAACCACCUACAGGCAGAGGAGAUGGAUACCUCAGAAGUCCUUGAAGAUGACAUCUCUGGUAACACACAGGAAGCUGGACAUCUGACAGUUAGGAGGAAUGUCAUUUUAGAACGAACCAAAUUCAACCAAAGACAACAAGAAGCAGGGGAGACCGUUGAAGGCUUCAUCACUGCACUGCACAGUUUGUCAGAACACUGCGGUUACGGGGCAAUGGUCAGGGAGAUGAUCAGAGACCGCCUAGUAGCAGGCUUGUGCGACAGAGCUCUCUCAGAGCAACUGCAAAUGGACCCAGAACUUACACUGGAUAAAGCUAUCGCUUGCAUUUAUCAGAGUGAACGUAUGAAAAAGCAACAGGAGCUGCCAGAGGAGGCCUUUAAAGCUAACAACAGUGCCUCGGAUAUAAGUGGUGUGCUGUCAUGUAGCCAACAGACGUCGCAGGAGAAUGUAGACGAGUCCCUGGACACAGACGAUGUGGAUAACUGCAUUGAGAGUUCCAAUCCUGGAGGAGGGAAGCCUCAUCACUGCUCCUACUGCGGAAGCAGCUUUCAAAAGGUCAGGGAUCUUAUGAGACACCAGCGAACCCAUACUGGUGAAAAACCUCACCACUGCCCUGUUUGCAACAAAAGUUUUGCUCGACUGGAUAAGCUUAAAUUACACCAAGAAAUACAUACGGGAGUAAAGCCCCACAGCUGCCCCGAUUGUGAGAAAAGUUUUGCCCGAUUAGAUAAGCUUCAGUUACACCAGCGAACACACACGGGUGUGAAGAGUCACCACUGCCCCGAUUGCGACAGAAGUUUUUCUCGAUUGGAUAAGCUUAAUUCACACAAAAAGUCUCAUGGAACAGAAACCGUUAAUUUUCACCCUACUGACAGCCUGAAAGACAUUGUCCAAUUGGAUAAGCUUGACACACACCAGCUGGGGAAUACCUGCAAUGCUACCAGCAGUGGAGCACAUGUUGACAGUGAGCCAGUACAGCAGAAGACCUCCAGUAAAGUCAGAGAGAGCAGAACGUAUCAAAGUAGAAUCAAAGCCACAACCCCACGUGAAGAGGAAACCCAAGAUACAGAUGACUCUGAUGAGUGGACGCCGCGUUCCAGAAGUGGAGGGGAGAAGCCUCACUACUGUUCUGACUGUGGUAGAAGUUUUCGAAAGGUCAGGGAUCUUAUGAGACACCAACGGACACAUACCGGUGAAAAACCACACCACUGCCCUGUUUGCAACAGAGGCUUUGCUCGUUUGGAUAAGCUUAAAUUACACCAAGAAGUACAUACGGGAGUAAAGCCUCAUAGCUGCCCCGAUUGUGAGAAAAGUUUUGCUCGUUUAGAUAAUCUGAAAUUACACCAGAAAAUACAUAUGAAAAAGGAACUUAAUGUCACAAAGACCCAUCAAACUGACCGUAUGCAGACAUCGCUGAAAACUGUUUGCAGAGGCCGAGGUAGAGGAAGAGGCAGGGGCCGAGGAAGAGGGCGGCCAAGGAAUAACAUGGAAGAUAAAGCACUGGGAGAAAUGGCCCAGUCACAGCAGGGCAAGGACUCCCAAUGCAGGAGUACAGGUAACAAAAAUCAACAUUCUGAUUACCUGCAACAAUCCCAAUCAACGCAGGAUAUGGAAGAUUCUGAAGAUCCUUCAGAUGACUGGACCAAAUAUUUCAGCACCAUGGAGAAGAAACCCUAUCUCUGCCCUGACUGUGGCAAGAGCUUCAGACUGGAGAACCGUCUAAGAAGACACCAGCGAACACAUACAGGAGAGAAACCAUACGACUGCCCUGACUGCGACAAAAGUUUUGCCCGGUUAGAUCAUGUUAGGGCACACCAGAAAACACACAGGAAGGAAGAACGUAAUUUCAAUUGCUCUGACUGUGUGAAAAGCUUUGUCCGAUUGGAGCAGCUGGAAAAACAUCAGCUAACACACACAAAAAGUUACGGCUGUUCAAAAUGUGAUCAAAGAUUUUCUGACCUGGGUGACUGGAAAGCCCAUUUUUUUAUUCACAGAGAGGUCCUUCACUGUCCUGACUGCGACAAGCAGUUCUUGUAUAAGGGGCUUUUUGAAAGACACAGGAGAACUCAUUCCAGAAAAAGAGAGAAAUACCUCUGCACAUUAUGUGGGAAGGAGUGUAGUAACUUGAAAAUACACAUGCGAGUACAUACUGGAGAGAAACCAUAUCACUGCACUGAGUGUGGAAAGAACUUUCCAUAUUCAAAAUCGUACAAAACACAUAUGCUAACACAUGACCGAGAAAGAGCCACCUAUCCUUGUUUGGAAUGUGGAAAGACUUACACUCGCGUAGAUGGCAUGGUGAGACACGUGAGAAGGGUUCACACCAGAGAAAGAAACCACCAGUGUUUAGACUGUGGGAAACGCUUUUUCCGAAAAGAGACAAUGCAGAGACACCGGCGAGUUCACACCGGAGAGAGACCAUAUCAAUGCGCCGUCUGCGGACAACGUUUCUCCCAAGAUGGCGACAGAAAGCGCCACGAGAAGAGGCACUAUUCUGGUGUCUCCGAUUUCCUUGACCUAUGAGGCAUAGCUAGUCGGAGUUGCGGGAGUCCACCCAAUCAAUGUCGUCUGACAAUCUAAUAAUCUGUGUACUGUUACAGGUGUUAAAAGGUCAACGGCCACAGAGAAGACGUACAGAUUGUCAUCAAUAAUCAACCAUCGAUCUUUUUCCCCCACGAGUUGGUUGCUUUAAAAAAUAUAUUUUUCAAAAACAAUCUCUGACAUAUAUAAGAACAUUUCUGAAGAGCCAUCCUGGGAUUAGGAAGACAAUGUAUGGAAUUUAUUCAGUUGAUAUAUAAUAGAAAUUGAAUUAUAGCUUCUUGUGUAUUGCAUGGAGGAAACCAUUAUUAUAAUACUUGCUGGUUCUGUGUGGUCUACCAGAGAGGACGGAGCGAAGUGAGUGGCCUAAAUGAGAAGAACAUCUCUCAUCUCCAGUAGAUGGUUGUUUACCCCCCCAAUCAGGCAAGUAUGGUCAGUAAGAGUGUUGAAGGGCUUGUGAUCAAAAUGAAGUGUUGUAAUGCUUAGAUUUGUAGAAGUGUACGGACAUGAGCACUACAUGACAGCCCGGCAACUUUAAGGGGGAAAAAAACAAUAUUGAAGUUGUCCUAGUGGAGGCUGGGGGCAGUCUAUGCACAUUCUGGAGAGGCGCUGGAUUAUGGAAAGGUGGCAUCAGCUGAACUUGAAUUAGAAAUAUGUCCAUAUGUACAAUUUUUUUAGAAGUUUAAAUCUCAUUGUUUUAUGCAGUUCUGUUUGCAGAUUUUUUGCUUUGGACUUUCCUUUUGAUUUCAGGCCUUUUAAUCUUAAAUAGAUUCUGUCCAUGCUAACCUAUAUAAGUGCAUAUAUGUAAUGCUUUACCAUUCAACAGAAAAGGAACUGUUUGACAACCCUGGGCGUUGUAUAAUAACUUUUUUGUGUUGGCACCAAGAAGCUAUACAUUUUGCUGAUUUUAAAAAAUGAGUUAACUUAUCUGAACAAAGUAUUUUUUUAUUAAGGAACCUGAACAACUACAAUAUUGUUUAAACAAAACCAAUUGAUAUUAUAGUACACCAUAGCAGUCUUUGUUGAAUGAUGGGGAUUCCCAAUUGGUUGUAUACAGUUUCUAUAUUAUAGUAUAUUACAACAUAUGCCAAAAUCUCGCUUCUUGUGUCUCAAUUCUCCUCAUCUCAUGUAAGCUGCACUGCAUUUUAGUCACUGUAAACUGCACCACUUAUUGGUGUAAAUCAUGGAGAUUGAGAUUACUCUGUUGGAACGGAUUUAGCACCGUCGUGUUCUUCAACCAUUUUACUGUAAUCAAAUGGUUGGGACGAGGAAGGAUCACGCAACUUGAAUGUGGUCAUCAGCAGGAUCAGAAGAUUAAUUCAUCAAAUGAGAAACAAUGUUCUACUUCAAAAUGGGUGUGGUCUCAGCAGUGCUGUCCUCCUUGGACUGAUCCCAUAAUGAAACAUGACAACAAAUGUUAUGUACCCAAAUCCUUUGUAAAUAAAAACCUGUUUAUAUAUAUA